CCGGGCCGCCGGACAGGAAGCGCCGAGCUCUAUCCCCAGCCUCGUCUGGCUAGAAACCCGGUCGCCGCCAAGAUGCCGGUAAGGAGGCCAAUUCGCAGUGUGGGAGAUGGCUUACCACUCUUCUCUCAUGGACCCUGACACCAAACUCAUUGGAAACAUGGCAUUGUUGCCUAUCAGAAGUCAAUUCAAAGGACCCGCCCCUAGAGAGACUCAUGUUCUCUGCCUCCACCCCCCUCUUCGGUCCUGUUUAGCAAAAGAUACAGAUAUUGUGGAUGAAGCCAUUUAUUACUUCAAGGCCAAUGUCUUCUUCAAAAACUAUGAGAUUAAGAAUGAAGCCGAUAGAACCUUGAUAUAUAUAACACUCUACAUUUCUGAGUGUCUAAAGAAACUCCAAAAGUGUAAUUCCAAAAGCCAAGGUGAAAAAGAAAUGUAUACACUGGGAAUCACUAAUUUCCCCAUUCCUGGAGAGCCUGGUUUUCCACUUAAUGCAAUUUAUGCCAAACCUGCAAACAAACAGGAAGAUGAGGUGAUGAGGGCCUACUUACAGCAGCUGAGACAAGAGACUGGACUGAGACUUUGUGAGAAAGUUUUUGACCCUCAGAAUGAUAAGCCAAGCAAGUGGUGGACUUGCUUUGUGAAGAGACAGUUCAUGAACAAGAGUCUUUCAGGACCUGGACAGUGAAAGGAGCCUAGGCAGACACUUUCCACAGCCGUGGGCAGCGUUUUACAGCAAGAUGUACACAGUUCUUUGCCUUUAUUUGAUAAAGUUUUAUACAGAAGAAAAAAGAGACCGUGUCUUCACUUGAAAAGCUCUUUAUCAAGAAUUUGGGUGGGGGAAGGAAGAAUGGGUUGUUGAAGGGUGAUUUGAAAUUUUCUGCAGUAUUAAGCUGGUGCUUAAUAAGUAAUAAUAAAGAAAUUUCUAACAUUCCAUGUCAAAAAA